GCCCGCUGCGAUAGGUCUGGAUACCACAGCUGUGGGGAGUGGGCCCCUGAGGCGCGGGACGUCGGGAAGGGGCGCUGCAAAUUUGUGCGGUGCCACGCUGUGAGAGGACGCGCGCAAGGCCGAGCACAGAAGUUCUACGGGCCUGUGGAUCCCAGAUACACACAACUCAGAAGUGCACAUCACAGAAUCUCGCGUGAUCUCCGCCGCAGAAAGAGCAAGUUUCUGACAGAGUACUGACGUUCUGUCAACACAGAGUGUUGACAUAGAGUGUGGACAGAACGAGCGAGUUUUCAUAGAAUCGUUAUGUACUCCUACGUUUCGUGGUCCACAGCUGCCGACCUGGUCAGGGGCCGGCGUCUGAUGCUGGUCAGCGGGCGUUGUCUGGCGCUGCCGCUGCUGCUGCUGCUGCUCGCGCAGAGCGCGUCGGCGCUGCGCUGCGUCUCCUGCCAGCUCAGCUCGAGGGAAGAGUGUGCCAACGGCACGGUAGCCUUGGCCGACAACCGCCUUCAGACCGACUGUUUGCCCUCACAGCCUUACUGUCUGGUGAGCAGGACAGAUAGCCUGCCGUCGUCAGACAAUCCGUUCGAAGUGGAGCGGGGCUGCACCAGCGAGGAGAAGUUCUCCUGCGUCAACAACACCGAACAGAACACGCGCACGUGUCAAGCCACGUGCCAGGUCGACCUGUGCAACACUGCAGACGACGUGGCCAAGGUGGUGUCCGACCGAUCGUCGGCGGCCGUCGGCUCAAGGCCGAGCAUGCUUCUGGUACCGCUGGCGGUGGCGUGGGUGUCUCAGCGUCAGCGGCGGGUCUAGCCACCGCGCUGCGCUUUCGUCGUGACCUCCGCUGGGAGCGUGGCCGUUGGAAGCGGGGCGAUGGUUGCCGAUGCUCACAAGACGGGAGGCAUCGGAGUUCUUCAGGAGAAGGUUCAAGCUAUCCGUAUAACGAUCCCGGGCACCUCUGCACGCGCUUACCACAUGCGGACCCAGAGAAAACGUGCACGGGCUGAUCAAGCUUCCUGUUCCUCAGCGCCUCCCACCUCGUGUAUAUUGAAACAGUGGUUUAGCUCAGCCCAAUUUAUGUAGCGGAGCUACACCCCUGUGCUUGGCUAUUUCCCACUUUGAGAGCCGGCGAUGAUUCUACGGGUCUCUUUAAACGAUCGGACCUGCUGAUGACUUCGUGCCUGCGCGUAGUCCGUAACCUACCCGUAGUGUGGCAGGCAGUAGGUUUAUAUUGUUGGCACUACGCCCGUGGUGUAUUCAGGCGGCCAAGUCAAUGUUUCAGUACACAUGCCCGCCUGUGCGCACCUGCCGCGACGACCAGCGCUUGGUAGCCGAUGUAGGUGUCUAGCGCACCGGUGCGUGGCGGUGGUGCUUUUUCAGCAAGGGGCCCGGGGAUGUUACUGUCGGGCUGUUGCUGUCGGGCUGUUACUUCCCGGGUGUCACUCUCGGACAGCGAGUGGCAACUUACGGUACGUCAAGGUUCCGUUUGUCAGGUGUGGUCAUCCGGCGAUUUGACCGCUAAGUUACGUGAUUACCUGACGUCAUCGUUUGCCCACAAUGUUGGCCUGGGAGCUGCGUCACGCGCUGCGCAGGAGUCAUCUGAUUGGACAGGGGCUGGUGACGUCGAAAGAAGUAGACCUAUGACCGCGACACGUUUGGCUUUGGUUUCGGAUGCUUCAAUUUGAAUUCAGCUUGGAUUCACAUCGGACGGAACUUUGUGCUUGGGCAGCGAAUGGUGCUUUUGAUGUGUCUUGAGCGUUAAAUGGAUAAAAAUGAAAAUGUAAACCUUAAAUGUGAUUAUUUCGUCUGGCGAAAAUACAAAAACUUCUUGAACGUA